AUGUUUGCUCCAGCCAAGUCUCUGACGUUGUACAAGGACUUCAACAAGGAUGCCAAGGACAUGCUCACGAAGAGCUACAGUGAUGCCCAGAAGUGGAAGGUGGAGUGCAAGUACAAGGGACCCAAGGACACGUUUUUUGUGAACCCUACAGCCACAUCUGACGGCAAAUUCAGUGCAGAUCUUGAGUACGUUCCCAGCCAGUGCGGAGCUGCGGUGAAGGUCACCUUUCUCCCCUCCACCUGCAAUGCGAAGAUAACUGCAUCUUAUCAGGACCGAGGCCACAAGGUGGAGGGUAUUGUGAGCAAGCAGGGCGAAUAUGAGGUCUCCCAUGAGUGCCGCCUUCAGGGCCGCUUCUCCUCACACACCAAGCUGGUGAAGAACUCAGUGGAUGUGGGCUUCGGUUUGGCUGUGGGUCCACACUGCGAGGUUGGCUGCGGUGCUGUAUACACUGUGGGCAUGAAGACAUUGAACAGCUGGUCCAUGGCUGGCCGCUUUGGCUGUGGUUGCUGCACCGCGUCUCUCUGCGUGAAGGAUCUCAAGACAGCCAAGACUAAUGUGAUGAUGCCACUGCGGAUGUGCCCACACCCUAUGCGUGUUGGUGCUGAGGUUGAAUGCGGACAUGGUAAGGGCUGGACAGGUACGUUUGGUGUUGAGGCAGCUUGCGUAUUGGUUAAGGGCAACACACUGAAGGCACGUGUGAACAAGAACAAGGAGUGGGCUGUUGCUUAUAUUGCGAAACUGGCCGACAACUGGACUGCCGCCAUUACACUGGACAAGAACCUGAAGCCUGGCGUCCUUCUCACACACUCGUAA